CGAGGUUCUUCUAGCAAUAAAUGAGCAGUGUAUCUCACCAGGAGAGAAGGGGGAUCUUCUUACUUCCCAGACUGCAUAUAAACUAAAGGAAGGGCUGCUUUUAUAUAUCUCUCCUGUCCUUCUCGUGUUUGGAGUUAUUGGUAAUCUACUUUCCUUCGCUGUGCUCAAUCAACAGUCAAAGAAAAUGUCAACAUAUUCCUAUCUAAGUGCGUUAGCAAUAAUGGAUAUAUCUGUUCUAUUAGUCGGAUUAUUACGUUUAUGGGUUGCCAAGAUUACCGGAAGUGACGUACAACACGUUUCGGAUGUGACCUGUAAGCUUGUCCAGUUUUUUGGUUACGUCUGUAGUGAUUCUUCUGUAUGGUUGAUAAUAACAGUGACAACUGAGCGCUACAUAGCAGUUUGUUAUCCUUUGAAAACGCAGGUAUUUUGUAAAAUUGAAAGAGCAUGGAAAAUGUCCCUUUUGCCUAUUGUAGUGAUUUGUGCCAUAAACUGUCAUUUCUUCUUCACUGUGUCUAUCCAACAAAAGCUGGGUAAAGCUGAAUGCGCGGCAGGACCCUCAUAUGAAUUACUUGUUAACAAUGUUUGGCCUUGGGUCGAUGCCGUCAUUUAUUCUUUUCUCCCCUUUGUAAUUAUAGGAGUUCUUAACGGCUUCAUAAUCCGGAAAAUAUCACAAGCAGAGAAAGAACGAAAACGUUUUCUUCAGGUCAAACAUCAAAGUGCGCGUGUUAUAAGACGCUACAAAUCCUCUGAUAAUAAUAAGAAAUUGACGACCAUGCUGUUGUCGGUUUCCUUUACAUUCCUUUUGACAACUAUUCCCAUGAACAUUGCUUUGAUUUUCACAGCGUUUUGGAAUAAGCAGCCGGAUAAUGACGUUGAAGGAGCGGCCAUUUUUCAUCUGAUCAAAACUAUCACGGAACUGCUCAUGUAUGUCAACCAUUCUAUUAACUUUUUCCUUUACUGUGCCACAGGACAAAAAUUCCGAAGAUCACUCGUGAAAUUAUUCUGCAAAAAACGUUUUGCCAACUUCGGUAACGAAAGAACAUUUUUUACAUCAAUUGAACAAGCACAUAGUCCAUGAUAAAAAUAUAAAGAACACUUCCUACCAUAUCAGUUUCAUAAAAGCACUUUUUGGAUGAUCCUUAUUCUAUAUACAUGUAAUAGAACCUAU